GAGUUGACACAUACUUGAAACCGAGUCACCCAAACUAGCUAAUUUCUCAAACAGCCAAAAAGUACCAAAUCCAAAACCCUAGCUUUCAACCCCAGAUCAAUGGCGAUGGCACUAGCAGCAAAGAUCCUCCGAUCACCGUCGUUCCUCAGCCCCUCCAUCACCUCUCUCACCACCUCCCUCGCCGCCGCCACCCUCACCCCCACCACCCUCAACCACUCCGUCAGACACUUCAACGGCGUCAACAUCCAAAAAAUGAAGUUCCCAAAAUACCGAAAAGGCCGAAUCUACGGCGUCCGUGACGGCGGCAACGAGAUCGCCUUCGGUAAAUACGCACUUCAAGUACUGGAACCGGCGAGAAUCACGUCAAAACAGAUCGAAGCUGGGCGAAGAGCGUUGCAGAUGAACGUUCGUCGUGGCGGGAAAGGAGGAAAGGUGUGGGUGCGUGUGUUUCCGUACAAAUCUGUUACGGCGAAACCGGCAGAGGUCCGUAUGGGAAGAGGGAAAGGUGCGAUUUCGUAUUGGGCGGCUCCGGUUAAAGCAGGCCAGAUAAUUUAUGAAAUGGGGGGUGUGACUGAGAGUUUGGCGAAACGGGCGAUCGAGAUUGCAGGAAGUAAGAUGCCUGUGUUGACUAGAGCGAUUGUUCGGGAUCCGAAUGUUAAAGAGAUUGGGGUUAGGUGAAGUGUUGGUGGUGGGUUUGUUGGAUUGAAGAUUCUGUUAUGGUUAGUUUUAUUGCUUUUAUGGUUGAAUGAACUUACAUGUUUUGCUAAUAAUCAUAUGAUUGUUGAUAUCUGUGCCUUACGGUGGCGGUAAACUGGGAUGAAUGUCGAUUGUCGAAUGUUGAAUUUGAAGUUUUGAUUAGCUUUGUUUUGCUAGCACAACCUAGUUAUUUGAUUCUGUACAUAACUGACUUGAAGUGUUUCAUGUUUGGAUAGUAGUUAAACAUGGAACUUGAUU